AUGACUGAAGCUAAUUGGUGGAAGCUGACUUUCCUCCGAAAAAAGAAAUCCACUCCCAAGGUGCUGUAUGAGAUCCCGGACACCUAUGCCCAAACGGAGGGGGCCACGGAACCCCCACGGCCCGAGGGUGGGGGUCCCACCAGCGACUUCAACACCCGCCUCGAGAAGAUUGUGGACAAGGGCACCAAAGGCAAGCACGUCAAGGUCUCCAACUCCGGCCGGUUCAAGGAGAAGAAGAGAGUGCGCGCCAUGUUGGCGGAGAAUCCCAACCUCUUUGAUGACAGGGAGGACAAAGGACAGUGA